ACGUUCUGAUUCCUGGUGCAGUUCCGGUUCCGGGUGGCGAAGCGGUUGGCUGGUUACCAUGCGGCUCUCUGUUAUCGCCGCUAUCUCGCACGGGAGGGUGUAUCGCCGCCUGGGCCUUGGCCCCGAAUCCCGCAUCCAUCUACUGCGUAACCUGCUGACAGGGCUAGUGCGCCAUGAGCGUAUCGAGGCUCCUUGGGCGCGCGUUGACGAGAUGCGCGGCUACGCUGAGCGGCUCAUUGACUACGGGAAGCUGGGAGACACCAACGAGAAAGCGAUGCGGAUGGCUGACUUCUGGCUGACGGAGAAGGACCUGAUCCCAAAGCUGUUCCAGACACUGGCCCCUCGCUUCAGCAAUCAAACUGGAGACUAUACAAGGAUGUUUCAGAUUCCAAACCGUGAAAACCUGGACCGGGCCAAGAUGGCUGUGAUUGAAUACAAGGGAAACCCCCUCCCUCCGCUGGUGGUGCCGCGUCGGGACAACAAUCGCACACUCCUCAAUCAGUUAAUUUUGGGUCUUCGCCAGGACCUGGAACAGAAGCCCCCAGUAUCUACUGCAUAAAGCCCCCAAGGUGUAGUUGAGAGCAGCACAGCCCAGAAGACAGUGUUCUUGUUGGGAUGUUCUGACCUGAUAGUAUGUGAGGGCAAACAGCCUGUAUCACCUUCCUCUCUCUGGCUUCCCUCGAACUUAAGGAUUAAUGUCCUUCCAUGUUACUAGGGAACCUCAGGCUAAGCCACACUGUGGACACAGGAACAGAGCAAGAGAUAAAUGUGCAUAUGUGGGGCAGGCCAUUGUCCCUGGAGUCAUUCUAUUUUGCCCUGAGGAAGGAAGGAAAAAAACUGAUAGGCUUUACUUUGUACAAUAGAUGGUUCCUAUACAGUUGUCGUGUGUCGUUUGAGUGCUGUUUUUGUCCAUUUCUCUCCCUGGCCUCUAAGGUGAGAUUCUCUUUGGAAGACCUGGCUCUGGACAGUUCUCCCCUGAGUCUCCGACCUAAACCAGAAGCUUCAAAGGACAUUACAACUACCCGUCUGUGUCCAGGCAGCGACACACAGAACUUCUACCCCCAACUAUCUGUAGUACCCUUGGGUGGGCUAAGCUUAUUCCCUGUACCCUGACUCUCCCCUUCUCCCCCCACUUACACACUUCAGAUGUGGGGAUUAUUGUUAGACACCCCCUUCUUCCCCCAAGACUUUGAAGACUGCGGGAUUGGGAUGAAGAUGAUGGGAUAAAGCUGGGGAGGAUUAUCCCAAUGCCCCCCAACAAACAUAUUGGCUAACCCGUGUGAAUAGGUGUGUUAAGGGGGAAUCCCAAAAACAGCUGCAAUAAGGUCAGCCUAGGGUGGGAAUCAGGAUGUAGAUCCUGCUGGGAAUUUCCUGGAAAUAUUUCCCAUGUACUGACUUUCAGUCUGCUUUCUGGGGAGGGAGGAAAUCCGGCCCUGCAGAGCAGUGAGACUCAUUCAUAUGGGGAGUCUUAGAGCUUAGGUGCCACAAAACUUAGAGGAAAUCCGAAGUCAACACCCUUUUCUCCACCCCUAAAUCCACACCCCACAAAGUCCACAACUAUCACAAGAUUAGCACAUGUAAAAUUUAAAUAUAGAUAAGAAAUUACCUUCUGGAAACUAAGUGGAAAUCAUCAGGGAUAGAAUCCUCUGACUCUGCUUACUACCUGGGGAGAUAGAAAGAAGGGUGAUAAAGGGAUAACUAAAACAAGAUUAUCAAGCCUGGUCACUUUGAAAUGACGGCAAAUGCCAGUCUUGGGAACUUUCAAGAAUAAUGUUUUAAGGGAAUUAAUUGCUCAUUCUGCAGUAAAAUGAUGAGAUACUAGCAUUGGUGAUUCAAAAUAUGGUAACCCUAAAGGAGAAUUUGUGGAGAGGUCUUGGCCCAGCUCUCAGGAACAGAAAUGGGAGUAUUGUUCAGUCCUGAACCAGGUCAACCUUCCUGGCAUAGUCAUGGAAGAAUCCUAGCAAUAGGUUUUGUCUGUAUGGUAAUGUUGAGGCUAGUCACUACCAAUUCACUGAUGGGGAAACCUAGACAUUGCCAUUUCUGGGUAUAGUUAAAAAUUCUAGUUUUGAGGGGCAGCUAGGUGGUGCACUGGCCCUGGAUUCAGGAGGACUUGAGUUCAAAUCCAGCCUCAGACACUUGACACUAGCUGUGUGACCCUGGGCAAGUCACUUAAACCUCAUUGCUCCGCCCCCCCCCAAAAUCUAGUUCUGGUUACUUUAAUGGGGAACCUUGGUCUUGGUGAUGAUGUAAGCUGACCCGGGUCAUUUUUGCAUGUGAUGAUGAAUCCAGGCCUUGGUUAUUCUGGGAAAGUUAAAAUCCUCAUUCUUAAUCAGUGUUGAUUGAUCACUCUUUGUCACUAUUGUACAGUGAUAGAAAAUUCAGGUCAUGGUUACUCUCAGGAAUAAUGGAAAAAUAAUCUUAUUCCUACUCACACAGCAGGACAGUGAUUAGGACAGGUCCUAAUUACUCUUUAGAACAGUGAAUUACCCCUAAGUGGGGUAAUCCUGUGGGUCUGUGAGAGGGAAUUCUAGCCCUACUCAUAUAUAGAACUGUGAUGGAAAAAUAAUGGCCCUGUUCACUCUGUGGUACAAUGAUGGGGGAAUCCCAACCUUGAUCACUAAUUCAAUAGUGGAGGAGUCCUGGAACUUACUCCUUAUGACUAAUGGGAAAGUCUUGGCCUAAGACACUGUGGGGCAGUAGUGGGGUUUCAAGUCAAGUCAACAAGCACUUAAUGUCUUCUACGUGCCAGACACUGUGAUAAGCAUUAGAAGUACAAAGAGGCAAAAAGUCAGUCCCUCAUCUCAAGGAGCUCAGUCUAAUGGAGACAACACGAAAACGACUGUACAAAGAAAUAUAUGCAAGAUAAAUUGGAGAUUAUCAACAGAGGGGAGGAACUCAAGGUGAAUUUGGAAAAAAUCUUUUAGAAACUGGGAUUUUUUUACCUGAGAUUUAAAGGAAGGCAGAGAAGAUGAGGGAGAGCAUUCUAGGCAUGUGAGACAGCCAGUGAAAAUUGUCACAAAGUCCAGUGUCAUUGGACCACAGAGUGAAUGGAAAUGAACAAAGUGUAAGAAGAUUGGAAGGAGGGAGGUCAUAAAUGAUUUUCUACUUUACCCUGGAGGUGCUAGCCAUUGGAAUUUAUUGAAUAGGGGAGAUGAUAUGGGUCAGCUAUGUGCCUUAGAAAGCUCAGUUUGACACCUGAACAGAGGACGGACUGGAGAGAGACAAGGCAGGGAGACCCACCAAAAGGUUUUUGUAGGAGGCCAGGUCUUGCAUCAGGGUCAUGACAGUGUAAGAGAAGAGAUGGGGGUAUAUAGGAAGAAUGUUAGAUACAACUGGCCAGACUUGACAGCAAAUUAGAUGGGUGGGGAGGAGGGGUAAAAGAGUGAAGAGUUGAGAAUGACAGAUUUUAAUUUUUUUUUUUUUUUGUGAGGCAAUUGGGGUUAAGUGACUUGCCCAGGGUCACACAGAUAGUGUUAAGUGUCUGAGCUUGGAUUUGAACUCAGGUCCUCCUGAUUCCAGGGCCAGUACUCUAUCCACUGUGUCACCUAGCUGCCCCAAGGAUGACAGAUUUUGAGCCUGAGUGACUAGGAGGGUGGUGGUGCCCCGAACAAUAGAACAAUAGUUGAGAAGGCUUAGGAGAAAGGUAAUGAAUUCGGUUUUGGACAUGCUGAGUUUAAAAUAUCUAUGGGAAGGGGUAGCUAGGUGGCACAGUGGGUAAAGCACAGGCCUUGGAUUCAGAAGGACCUGAGUUCAAAUCCGGCCUCAGACACUUGACACUUACUAGCUGUGUGACCCUGGGCAAGUCACUUAACCCCAAUUGCCUCACUUAAAAAAAAAAAAUAUAUAUAUAUAUAUAUCUAGGGGACAUCCAACUUGAGAUGUCCCAAAAGACAGCUGGAGAUUUGAGUCUAGAGGUUGAAAGAUUAGGACUAGAUAGUAGGUCUGACUGUGUGACCCUGGGCAAGUCACUUAACCCCAAUUGCCUCACUAAAAAAAAAAAAAAGAUAGGUCUGAGAAUCAUUAGCA